CCUCUGAACUUGUAAGCUUCAAUCAUAGUGACUCUGAGGAUUGUCUACUUCUCCUAGGGCAGAUUACCCCCCAGUGCGCCAAACGUCAUAGCUCGCUCGUUAAGCUACGGAAUCGAGUGAUUCAACUUUCAUAGGAAAGCUGACGCUGCAAGCUACAACAUAUCUGAUUUUCAGAUCGUUUCACCGAUUGGAGUUUUGGAUAUAGCUUUUCGAAGAUCGCGAGUUUUCUGGGCGUCAUAACGAAGUGCUGCAGAAAUUUCCAAGGAGCCAUUGAAUCAUCUGCUUAUAGCCUUCUCUAACCAACAAAUACAAUGGGAGAUAAGGAGGAUUUUGGUGGAGGUGAUACUUCAGUCCAAGGAGGCAGCUCAACCCAAGAUUCUGGCAUUGUAGCGUAAAGGGGAGCGCGUAAGGAGGUGCUGAAGAACUUCACCAUUGAGAAGUUCUCUGGAGAUGGCUAUGAUGAUUGGGCAUGGAAGAUGCAGCUCUACUUUCGACAAAUUUCCCUCUUGAAGCUCAUGAUUGGAACGGAGCCAAGGCCAAGGGAAAUGGCAGAGCAAGCGGACUGGGAUGAACGUUCAUCUGCUGGGUAUUAUCUACUGUCACAAAGCUUGGACUUGAACCAGAGGCAUCACAUCAUGCAUCUGCUACCAGAAACUGAUUGUGGGCCCAAGGCAUGGGCAGUGCUCAAGGACCUGCACGCUCCGAUAUUGGUUUCCGCUUCUCUCAUGCUGGAUCGGGAGCUGUCCAUGCUGCGGUUGAGCGAGAAUGAACCUGUGCAGUCCAUACUGGACAAGAUAAGGGAACUCUACGCGAAAUUGGCGAUUGCAGGCAUCACGUACCCUGAGCAGACUAAGUGUCUCAUGAUGCUCAGCCUGCUGUCCGAGUCUUGGCUGCAAUUUAUAAGCGGACUCAGCUUGCCACAAAACCAAAGUCAAUGGACAUUGGAGUGGAUUCGCACCAAGAUUCUGGAAGAAGAUUUUCGUCGCUAUACACUGCGCGGAGGUGAUGACAGCACCAGCGGCUAUGCCAUGCAAGGGACAUGGAGGGAUCGAGGGCGUGGCAAUCGCGGUCGCUCUUACUACAGCCAAGGUGGUCGCGGGACUUGGAACCAGCGGGGGCGUGGUGGCGCUGGUGCAAGAAGAAGAGGUGGUCACUCCAAUAAUGACAGCAGUGAACCACACUUGAGGGGAGAGUGCUGGUAUUGCAAGGAAGAAGGGCAUCGAUGGUUUUGCUGCUCUACCAAGCCCGACUGGUGGACCCCUUGGAACCAAUCGCAAAAGGGGAAUGGAGGAAAGCAACCACAUGGAGGUGCCAACAUGGUAGCGGAUCUUGCUGAAGAAACCUCCAAGGAUGACAGAGGAAUGGGAAAUGAGGAGAGGAAUGCUGGACAGUUCUACCAUGUGUGUGACAAAGAUGACAGUGGCACAGCUGUUGCAAGGGCUGGAGAGGAAUUGCACCCGCUUGACAUGUGGGUCAUGGACUCUGGUGCUGCAUGGACAAUGACACCACGCAAGGACUUGCUGGAUGCUGUGCGAGCGCCUCCAAUCUCUGAAGUGCGCUCAGCAUCCGGACAUGCAGUGAAGGUCGCUAGAGUUGGUCGAGCUGCAUUCAGAGCACCUGAUGGUGGACUGGUUGUGCUGAAGGACGUGUUACUCGUACCAGGGCGGAAGGUCAAUCUGAUAUCGCUGCGCAAGCUAGGCCAGGCCAGAGUCAGCACUACCAUCAAUGGAUCCAAAACAUUCAAGGGGCUGCGAGGAGAUCGUGUGUUAUGGGAUUUACACGAAAGCAGAGAUGUCUUCAGAUCCAUGUGGCACAUCCCUGCGCUGAUAUGGGAAUCAACAAAGAAGGAGUUGGGAGCAGUAAAGGCGGGAUCUGGAGUCCAGGGGGAGUGCAAUGCAGUUAGUGCUGCAGGAAAGACGGUUUCUGCAAGGUCGGGGGAGAUUGGUAGGGAAACCGAGCGCUGCUGAUCGAAUCAGGGCUGGGGAACUCCAUGUGGCCUCAUGCGGUGAGGCAUGCUACAGUGGCUAGGAACUGCCUACUCACAAAGGUGGCUGAUCAUAUGUGGGUGCCGUUGGAGAGGUGGCUUGGUAAGAAGCCUCCAGUGGACAUGCUUAGUGUGAGAGUACGACCCCGUUAUACUAAUUUCCCCUUUUCAUAUUUCCUUUCUAUUCCAUUCCUCGUUUUAUCCUGAUUUAUUUGGUCUUUAUCUCAUCUUAUUUGGUUUCCUAUUCCUUAUUUUCCAUUAUCCUUCGGUUUAUCCUAUUAUCAUAAUUAU